AUGUCUGCUGUGCUUGCGGCCAGGCUCUCCAUCAUAAUGAGGACCGGUUGGGGUCCUCAAGCGGCUUUUGAAGUUCUCGCGCUCUGGUCUGCCGCGUCUGAGGUGCUGAAGAAGUCGGAAAACUCUCCCCGCUCCCCUACUCAGUUUGGCCCUGUUGGCGCGAGGCAGCCCAGUUCUCGCGAGGAAGCCUUUCUUCGCCCUGUUCGCUCAAGGCGUAGGUCCCGGCUUGUUUUCUCGAGGCAGCGUUCCGGCCCUGUUCACUUGAGGUUCCCUCAGCACUGGAUUUGGCUUUUAGAUCCCUUCAUCCCCGAAGAAGGCUGUGGUGGUGGGUCCUUAGAUCCACAGAUGGAAAGGAGUGCUUGGGAACAAAAUGGGAUGGGGUUCACAAAAAUGGAUGCAAACAAUCCCACAACUCUGAUGGAUCUUGCUAUACAGUGUUUGCUGAGACAUGAGUCUGCAGCAAUCCAAGCUCUGGAGAAUAUUCCAAGAUAUUUUUUUGUUCCAUUGUUCAUUGCUGCCUUCAAGGGUGGGCAUAUGAAUAUAUUGAGUGAGAUGGUGAAAGUUUGGCCCUUUUACUGUCUCCAUCUUGGAACAUUAACUGUACGGGAGCCUCAUCGUGAACUCCUGAAAGCCAUGAUUGAGAAUCUUCCAGUAUAUCCUGCAAAGAACUCUGCUUCUCGGAAACCUAAACUGAGGAUCUUAGAUUUAAGGCGAGACAUUGCCUGUAGGAUCACAUGCCCUGAAGUCAGAAUCGAAUCACCUUUCUGUUUACAUGCUUGCACUUAUUCUGACCAGUCUGUCAAAAAAAUGGAAGGACAGCUUCGUUUUACAGAUUUAGAGUCCAUUAUUCGCUUACCCCUGGGGCCUGUCGAAUUACUAGUGGAUUUUUCCCUACGUAGCUCCUUAAUGGAAAAGGAAUUUUUGGUUUUGCUUGUGAGGAAAAUUGUGGAGAGUUUAGGGGCUUUGAACAUAUACCGUCGGGAUUUGCAAGUUGUUAAAUUGGGUGACCGCAGACACACCCGGAGAUUUCUUGAUUUCAACUGUGUUAAUUGGCUGUCAGUUAAUAAGGGUUCUCUGAGUCAUACCACCAACAUCCCGUCUCAGAUGAGCCACCCAAAGAGCCUUAGUCUGCUUAAAGUCCCUUUUAGAUCUCUGAGUCGGAAAGUCUUUAAAAAUUUCCAUAAUCAUUUGCAACGUAUGGAAAACCUUAAGGAACUCAACUUGUCUUCAUUCUGUCUCAAAACCCAUCUGGACAGCAGGCGCAGAGUUCUGCCACCUAACCUGGAUUUUUUGUAUCUGUCAUUCUGUAAUAUAUCCUACAGAGACUUCAGAUUUCUAGCCCAGUGCCCUCAGGUUUGCCAACUAAAGAUGUUGAAUCUUAGUAACAAUGCAAUGUAUUGGGAUGACUUUGAGCCCUUUCAAACUCUUCUGUUAAAUCUCUCUGGUACUCUUAAGCAUCUAGAGAUAAAUUAUUACCUUAUAAAUGAUUCUGCAAUCUCUAUUCUUAUCCCUGCCCUAAUUUCUGGUACUCAUCUCUAUAUCCUGGUCUUUGCUUCUAACCCCAUCACAAUGCCUAUGCUUAUGAAUAUCAUGCGUAGUUUAACACCCUUGAUUAAACUAAAAUAUGUGAUUUAUCCUAUCCCUAUACAUUGCUAUGAACGAUGGGAUUUUCUGGGCAGUUUAGACCGACGGAGGCUUGCCAUUGUACAAGUAGAUCUGAAGGCGAUGCUACAGGUUGCAGGGAGACGUGACAUGAAAUGGAUCACUUACCCAGAGUAA